UCGGAAUCGCGGGAACAGGCCGGCUUCCCCGGCACCGCCGGCGGGGCUGUGCGGCCCGGCCCGGCGCGGGCAGCGGCCCUGAACGGGCGGCGAGCGGGACGCGCUCCGAGUUGCUGGGGAGCUGCGGCGGGAGCGGCCCCUUUCCGCCCGAAGGCCGGGCCGUCCCCCGGGACCUCGGGCCGGGCCGAGACCCGGAGUCGGGCGCUGCUGGGCCGGCGAUGCGCUUUGUCCGAAAGGCAUUCGUUGCAAGGGAACGUAGUUCGUGGAGCGUGCGGGACACGGGGACUGGACAUCACAGAAAACAGAAGGUCAAGAAGUCCUCGGGAAAUAAAAAGUCUAAGCAACUCGAGGAGGUGGAAACUACUGUUCUAGGAAUGAACAGUAACCAUGAUGACACAGUCACCAACGUUUCUCCUGCCUCACCGAAGGGCCCAGUGAACGGGAGUGGAGAGUCCAGAAGCAAGCGGACCAUUCGCAGGCCUGCUUACUGGUUGGAAAUGAGAGGAGUGAAAAACAGUAUUAACAAAUCUUCAGAAAAUAAAGGAGAAGUACUAUUGAAAGGCAAGAGGAAAUCUGAGCAAAGGGAAGGCAAAGAUGUUAAAGACUCUCCCAAGAAGAAGCAGAAGAUUUCGGGAAAAAACCAGCAAGCUGAAACAAAGCAAAACCCCAGAACGAAAGGCCAUUGUGUUCAGAAAGAACCUGAAAGCUAUGGCACAGGUAGUAUGGAAGAACAAUGGUCUUUAGAGAUUCAGGACAAAGGCCGAGUUACCUGUCCAACGUGCCGGGCUGUGGUGAGAAAGACUGUAGAAGGACUGAAGAAACAUAUGGUAAAUUGCAGGAAGGAAAUGUUCACGUGUCAUCACUGCGGGAAGCAGCUGAAGUCUUUAGCAGGGAUGAAAUACCACGUCAUGGCAGACCACAACAAUCAGCCAGUUAUGAAGGACGGGGAAGAAUUGGAUGAGCAGCUUGAGCGAGAUCGCCUUCGGAAGGUUUUGAAGCGUAUGGGAAAACUGAAGUGUACAAGGGAGGGCUGCACAGGCAGCUUCACCAGCAUAAUGGGAUACCUGUAUCAUGUUAAAAAAUGUGGGAAGGCUGCUUCCGAGCUGGAGAAAAUGGCUAUGAAGUGCCAUCACUGUGGAAAAGCAUACAGAUCAAAGGCAGGACUUGUCUAUCACCUCCGAUCUAAGCAUGGCCCGGUCACUUUCCUCCAUGAGGAGAGAAGAACAGAGAACCUGGAGGAAAUGAAACGGGAGCAAAACAACACAGGCAGAAUUCAAAGGAGAUCUGCGAAGGUGGCGAUCUACUAUCUCCAUGAGCUGGCUGGAGAAGAGCUGGCCAAAGAGUGGCCCAAAAGAAAAGUUCUGCAAGACUUGAUUCCAGAUGAUCGGAAGCUGAAAUACACUCGUCCUGGACUGCCCACAUUUAGUCAAGAUGUGCUGUGCAAAUGGAAGACAGAGAUAAAGAUGUACCGAAGAGUCCACUGCCCAAAUCAGGGUUGCGAAUCUGUGUACGGCAGUGUCUCAGGACUCAAAUCUCACCUUGGCACAUGCACCUUGGGAGACUUUGUGGCUGGUAAAUACAGAUGUCUCCUGUGUGAGAAGGAGUUCAUUUCAGAAAGUGGGGUCAAGUAUCACAUCAACUCUGUGCAUGCUGAGGACUGGUUUGAUGUGAAUACAACAACCACCAAAAGCUUUGAGAAACUAAUGAAAAUUCGCCAAAGGGAAGAACAGAGGAAGCAACGGAAGAAACGUCCUUUGACCAGGGGCAAAAAGAAGAGAACUGGCACCCUGGCUGCCAAGAAGCUCCCUGCUGCUGGAGUUGAAAAAAUGAGGAGAAGUAAGAGAGGCUGUCCACAGCGAGUAGACGAGAGUGUGAGCAGUGAAGAAGGGGCACCUCAGGUUGCACAGAGAGCUGAAUUUCCAAAAACCAGCAGCAAGAGAGGCCGAAGUAAAUCCCUAGAAAAUGAGAAGGAGUAAUUCUAAAGCUUUUCAGUUACAGGCCCCACUUCUGUCAGCCUCAUAACCCACAGCACUAAUACAAGCAACUGAAUAUCUUUGGGACUGUGACUCAAUUCUGCUGGUGACUUCGAUAUUGAAACUUUUGCCUCUGUUCAGUUGUGAGGGAUACAAACCAAAGCUGUAGUACAAAGGCUGCUUCUCCCGGUGUAGUUCCUUUGGACAGUGGCACUACCAGUGGAUCCAGUGUGAUUCCUGCUCUGGUUGCGGUCUCCGUUUGGUCAUACUGGUUGCUUGUUUAGUGGUUUCCAGUACAGCAAGUGUCUGUUUUGUCAUUUCCUUUAAUGGGCGAGAUCAGGAUUUUUUUUUAAAGUUCUUCCCAUAAGGGACUGACUAGCACAAUGUUAAGGUCUCUUCAAGGGGGACAUCCUUUGUUGCACAGAAUGCACAGAAACUAAACGUGAAAACGAUGCUGUGCAGAAUGCAAAAACUCUGGCUUGCCCUGUCACUCUCCUGUCUGUUAUCAGCGAGCCUGCCCAUGGGGUCGUCCUGCAUGCUGUGGUGCUGUUCAGUUGUCUUCGCGGUUCUUCUCAGAACUCCACACAGCUGUACUUUGAGCAAACAUUCACUACCUUUGCACUCAGUCCAAUAAACCCAGGAAUUAAAGGUUUUUCAUAGUGGUUUUCAGUUUAGAGUCCAAGCUGUCAUUUGUGAGUUACUAACUAGACCUGCUCCCUAGACAUGGAUACUUCAUGACCACCUGGGUUUUGUUGUUACACCAGUGACUUACUCCCCCACGUAACAUGGCAUCUGGGAAAAAAGCAUUCUCUAAUGAUCUUUCCCUGUCCAUCAGCAUCGUAGCAGAUUGCUGGAUUGGCUUAAGCUGGUAUGAGAAGGUGCGUUGCUGACAGUCAGCUGCUUGUGAGGAGAGAGAUCUGUCCUGGAGCACUCGCAUCCUGCUGUAGCGGGGCUAAGGCUCAGCCAUGCUCCGCUGCUCUGAGGGCAAGGAAUUUAACUGAGGGGCACAAUCUCCUCCCUCACCUGUUGCCCGCACUACUAGAGAUGCACUAGUGGUUUCUGGGCCACCAGUGCACAUGGCCAUGUUGUGUCAAAUGUUGUUAUCCCUAAGUCCUUGUCCACCAGACUGCUCUCUGUUCAUGGAUUCCCCAGGUUCUUCUGGAUGACAUCCCUCCCCUUUAGCAAAUCAAUUGCACCAAGCGGCUUGGAUGAAGACAUUACAUCAUGUGGGCAACAGACCCUGGAGGAAUGGUGUCCACUGCCCCAGCAAACUGGGCCUUGCUGUUACCAGUUGUACUUGAGCAAGUACAUAUUUAGAAAGAGAUCCAGUUUAGAAGGAAUCAGAAGUGAUGAGAGACCAGCUAGUCACUCACUACUUGUUGCAGUGACUAAUUGUACUAAAAAUGCUGUGUCUUCUCAUUGGAACUUGUUUUCAUUUCAGCCUCUGUAUCCUAUACUACUCAGUCCUGGUAACUGAAAUAGCUCUAUGGUAUCAGAAAUGUCUUCCUGCAUAUUUGUAGUCAUAAUUAACUCCAUACAUAAUUUGCUGUGUGAGCUAAAGAGGCUUGCCUAGUCUCAGAGCAGGUUUUUCUUUUUCUUCUUUUUUUUUUUUCUGCUGUGCAUUGUGCUUUGCUGACAUGUUAUAUAUUGAUUGGUGCAUUUUUCACUUUUUAAGUCCAGAGACAUGAACCAUGAACCAGCUGCAGUAUUCUGUAACAGUCUGGUUUAUGUAGGAUACCAUGAUAAUCUUGCUUUGCUCUCAGCUACCUGUUUUUGUCCUCAACUCCCUCACUACACUAAUUAUAUUCAAUUUUAUCCUUUUAAGCACAUUUUUGAGUUGUUCUGAAAAUGCCUCUGAGGAGCCAUUUCUUUUGUUUCUAGAAACUCAAGUUACCAGGGCUUAAUGCCAGACGGCACUUGAUUAACUCAUUCAGAAACAUUGUGAUGUAUUUCAUGGAACUAUUCCAGCAGAGACCUUAACUACUUUGUACAGUAACUUUUCCAGAAAGCUUGGUUAUAUAAUCAAUUUUUCCUUGCUUUAAUUUGUCAUCAGCUUUUUAAAUCUGCUGAUUUGCUUUGCAAUUGUUACAUAAUUUCAUUAACAUUCUUGAUAAAAAAGUCAAAUAGCUGCAGACUCUGAGAUUCUCUAGGACAAAUCCUUAUUUACAAUUAUGUAAUAACAAGCAUUUAAUGCAUUCCACCGAUGCUUGUAUAACAUGUGGGGCCAGGAACAAAUCCUUAGAGAAAUUCAUUAUGUCAAUGGCUAAUUUUACCAACAUGGACUUCUAACUAAUUAAAGAAUAAUGUUUACAGAAAACUGGCCUCUGAAACCACAUUAGUUGGUUCUUAUGAUGACAUUAAAGAACAAUUUUUAGUGUGUAUGGGAGAUUUCAGACUAAGCUGUACUUAGAGUCAUCACACAGCUUGUCAUUUUAAAAGUACUGGCAUACUUAAGUUUUGCUUUGGGGGCGUAGAGGGUUUUUUCUGGAGGAGGAGUGAGAAUAUAUUUUGGUUUGUGAGUUGUUCA